UGCCUGAGCAUAACCUGAGGUAAACAGAGCCGGGGAGAGGGUAACGAUCUUGUGUACGUCGAAUUGAACAGUCUGCAUCUAGCCAGACCAAGCUAACUAUAUUUGUCAAUCUGAAGCUAGUGUUCAGCCAGCUACCCCGUUCAUCAUUCAACACAGUCAGCUGAUCAGUUCAACCUUUCAUCAUGGACAUGGAGCAAUUGGAGGACUCUGCCCUGGAAAGUUCGGAGGAAGAGCUCUCGGAGGAUGUGUCUGAGUCUGGAAGUGACUUUGAGGUUCAACUCAAAUCUAAGAAGAGGAUGAAGCAGACAGUGGCCCAUGGAACUUUGCCACCCAAGAGACCCAGACGAAACGUGUCAGACCAGUCAAGCUCGAGCCUGACGCCUCCGGCUAGAAGUUCCUCCCCUGUGCAGAAGGGGCCCAGAUGCACCAGCCGGCAGCAAAGAGGGAGGAAUGGGGGAGAGCAGGAGGAGGGAGGGAAGGAGCACACCACUGCUGGGAGUCUGUAUGAGGCCGUCAGUUCUGGCCGCUGUGCUCUGGCGACGGUGGUCUCUGAAUGGCUGGAGGACUACAAGCAGGACCGUGAGGCGGGUCUUCUAGAGCUCAUCAACUUCCUAGUGCAGUGCUGCGGAUGCAGAGGUGUUGUUAGCAAAGAAAUGCUGACCAGCAUGCAGAAUAGUGACAUUAUUUGUCAGCUGACCAAGGAGUUCAAAGAGGACUCUGCCGCCUACCCUCUGUCCUCGGUGGGCCCCCAGUGGCGGCGCUUCCGUGAGAGCCUGUGUGAGUUUGUGGCUCAGCUGGUGCGCCGCUGCCAGCACAGCCUGCUCUACGACGACUUCCUGUUCAGCACCCUGGUGCCACUGCUCACCGGCCUGGCUGACUCUCAGGUGCGCGCCUUCCGGCACACCAGCACCUUCAUCGCUAUGAAGCUGAUGAGUGCGGUGGUGGAGGUGGCGGUGAGUGUGUUUGCACAGAUCCAGGUGACCAAUCGGCGCUGUGAGCUGGAGAAGAACAAAACCUCCGAACACAGAGCCACUCAGAAACUAGAGGAGCUGGAACAGUCUUACAGCGAGCUCAUGGAGCACCAGACGGAGCUGUGUUCCAUCAUGAACGCCAUCUUUAAGGGUGUGUUUGUGCACCGCUACCGGGACCGUGUACCGGAGAUACGGGCCGUAUGCAUGGAGGAGCUGGGUGGCUGGGUCCUGACCAACUCCUCCGUCUUCCUCAACGAUGGCUACCUCAAGUACCUCGGCUGGAUGCUGCACGACAAGCAACCCGUAGUGCGCCUGCGCUGCGUGAAAGCGCUGCAGAGGCUGCAUGAGGAGAAGGAGUUUAUUGGCCGCCUGGAGCUCUUCACCAGCAGAUUCAAGGAGAGGAUGCUGAACAUGGCGUUGGACAAAGACGCCGAGGUGGCGGUGGAGGCAGUCAAGCUGCUUCUACUCAUCCAUAAGAACUCUGAGGACGGUCUGUCGGACGAGGAGUGCACUCGGGUGUUCCCGCUAGUGUUCGCUAUUCACAGAGGCUUGGCUUCUGCAGCCGGCAGCUUCCUCUACCACAUUCUCUGCACUGAGGUGGAUAAGAUCAUUGAAGAAAUUGGGACAGAGAAGCGGCAUGAGACCUUUCUCAACCUGCUCAUCAACUUCUUCAUUCAGAGCAAGUACCAUGAGCAUGGGGAGUACAUGUUGGACAGCCUGUGGGACGUGGCUGGGACCGAGCUGAGGGACUGGGAGACCAUGACAUCUCUGCUGCUGCAGGAGAGAGACGGAGAGGAUGCCCUGGGGGACGAUGAGGAGGCUGCUCUGAUUGAGCUGAUGAUAUGCGCGGUCAGACAGGCAGCGGAGGCUACCCCACCUGUGAGCCGAACUCAUGGGAAAAAGAACCUCACUAUGAAAGAUAAGAAGAUUCAAACCCAGGAUAGAAGACGCAUCACCACCCAUUUCACACCUCUUCUCCCACAGCUGCUGUCAAAGUACUCAGCAGACGUGGGGAAAGUGAAGUGUCUGCUGCGAGCUCCACUCUACUUUGACCUGAGCACCUACAGCAGCAAUGGCCACUCAGAGAAGAGUGUGGAUCGGCUGCUGAGUGUGGUGUGUGAGAUCGUGGAGAAGCUCACGGAGGAGAGUGUGUUGAGGGAGUGUGCACGCCUGGCCUCCGCGCUGUGCACUGAGCCCUACGCCCUCUCCACCCGCGCACACAGGGCCUUCAGCCAGAUGCUGGACCAACAGGUGGAGCGCUUCUCCGCUGUGCACAGUGACUUGCUACAGGGAACCGCUGAUGAUGAUGAGGUGUACACUGCUGCCAGCUCCCUCAAGAGGAUCUCUAUCUUCAGCAGUUGCAUGGACCUCAGCUCGUGGAAGCUGUUUGAUCCUUGUUUUGCUCUCCUGAAGACAGGAGUUCAGUCGAUGGGUUUUGACAAAGAGCUCAUGGUUCCUGCUUUGAAGUGCACAGCCUUCCACCUCCUGUGGGAGAGAAAGAAGAUCUCUGACUCGCCCACCACAAACAAGGCGGAGGUGAAAAGAUUGAAGAAGGAGGUUCGCUCGUUCUGCAUUGUCUGCCAGAGUUGUCUCUCCCUUGGACACGCUCAAGUCAGGGACCAGGCCUUUAUGCUGCUGUGUGAUGUGCUGACGGUGUUCAGUGCGGGCUCUGUGAAGGGCAGUCCUGAGUUCAAACACUUGGCUCUGGUGCCGGACGAGACUCUCCGCUCCGAGAUGGCAUCCUUUGUCCUGGACUACAUCUUUACUGAUCCGGACGACGAGGACAACAACUCUGGUGAGGAGGAGAACCUGGAGGGGGAGGUGGGCAAGAUCACCUCCCUGCAGCUGAGACGGAGCCAGCUAGCCGCCUACUGCAGACUCAUCCUCUGCGGCGUGCUGGAGCUCUAUGCCGCCUCCGACAUCUUCAAGUACUACAGCAAGUUCAACAGGGACUAUGGCGACAUCAUCAAGGAGACACUGAGGAAGUCCAAAAUCAUCAGUCCAGUGCAGUGUGCCAAGACUGUGUGUCUCAGUCUCCAGCAGAUGUUUACAGCCCUAGGAGAUGAGCAGCACACACGUCAGGAGUUUGUGGAGCUGAGGGAGGUGGCCAGACGGCACGCCAUGAGCUUCGGCAUCAACCUGCACCUCAUCCGCAAGCCUCUUCUCACUCUCCACCAAGAUGGCAUCCAAUUUGCCCUGCGUGGCGGGGUUGAGGGAAACGGAUCACCACCCAACCUGGCCUUCCUGGAAGUACUCAGCGAGUUCAGCUUCAAGCUCAUGCGGCAGGACCGUCAGCAGCUACUGGAGUAUUUGAAGCAGGCGGGCGUGUCGGUCAGGAGCCCGUGGCUGAAGAUGUAUGAGCGCUCUCUGCAGUCGGGGGCGGCCCGAGGGCCCGAGGACCCGCCGCCCUCUCGCACGGCAAGCCCCAGAGCCAAGCGCCCACGCCGCAGCUCCAGACCAGGUUCAGUGCGAAGCGUCACCGAAAGCUCCCUGUUGGGCGACAGCAGCAUUGGCCAGCUGGCCACCCCCAUGCUGACGUCCACGGUGCAGCGCAAGGGGCCGGGGCUCCAGGGGCUCCAGGCCUCCGAGCACGGCUCAGCCUCCGCCGGCUCCAUCAGGGCCUACAGCCCAGACCGAGAGUCCCUGCAGCCAUCAGAGCAGCCCAUCUCAGAGAGAGAGUCAGAGGACGAGUUUGAGGAAAGCUCCCUGCAGCGCAAGACUGUGUCCAGCAGGAAGCGUCAGGCUCAUGGCUCCUCCUCUGUCUCCGGUGACAUCAGCUCUCAGCUGGAUCUGCUUAGUUUGAUUGAAGAGGACAAAGAUGAGGAUGAGAUCCAGGAACCAGAGGAGGAAGAGGAGGAGGAGGAGGAGGAGGAACCAGAGAUAGAGGAGUUCGAGGAGGAAUCAGAUGAUGACAUGUCCAUGGCACUGCCUACCAAUCGCCACUCCAGCCACCCAACGUUUCCCUCCAUACUAGAGGAACUCUUUGACUGAGACUUGAGCUGAUGCAAAAGGAUGGAGUUACACCAAAUAAACUCAUUCAAAAGUGAACUGUUAAAAAUAGUUUAUUGCCUUAUUUCUUAUGAAUAAUCCAGUGUAUAGGCUAUAUAUUCAGUAUUUAUACUUAUUUGCCUGUUCUUUAUUAUAUGACUUUUGCAUAUAAUUGUUCCAUUAGUUAAGGUUAAUGUUGAUUUAAUUUCUCAUUUGACUGUGUACCUCUGUUACGUUUGUAA